UUUACACUCCAAAUGGACAUCAACCAUAAACUUUGGGAGAAGAAGAUAAAGCGCCAGCAAUUCCAAAAAUUCGAACAAAAGAGAGUCAAAAAGAGGUUCUUAAAAGAACUGGAAAAGAUUGAACAAGAUCAGGAGAAGCCAGCUGAAGUUCCACCGAAAGGAUUGUCUAGAAGGAAGCAGAGAAGGCUUGACAAGCUCCAACAAGACCUUGAAUUGAAUAGAUUAACAGGUGAAGAUAAAGAAAAAGCAGAAAAAGAUUUAGAAUGGCUAUUGGGUCUUAAGAAGCAAGCUGAAGACCAAAAGGCUAAAGAAACUGAAGAACAGAAGGAAGAAGCAGAAGGAGCAGAAGAAGAAGGUUAUAAGCCAAGAGAUAAGAAAACAUUUAAUCAUAAGUUGGAUAAAAUUCGUAAGAAGCAGGAAGAGGAAAAUGCUCGUAAACAGAAGGAAGCUGAGGAGAAGAAACGGAAAUUGGAAAAGAAACUUAAGGAGAAACAAAGGAAGUCUAGAAUACUCAGUAGAAAAACAAAGAAAGGCCAACCAGUUAUGAAGAACCUCCUCAAUUACUACAUCAACGAGAAGCUGGCAAAGAAGUUAUCAAAAGAGUAAUCCACAUUCAAUAUUUUGUA